CUCAAAUUCUGACUCUGAUCCUGCGUAUAUUUAUCUUUUAUAUGUUUUUCCUUUAUGCAGUCUAAUUUCAAUGUUUGCUUUGUUAUUUUUUUCCCCCAGAUUUGCGCGUUUUCUUAUCCUCAGGGUUUGCUGCCUGAUGAUGACAAGGCCGUCAACGGCGUCGCCCGUCGUCCUCUCCAGGCAUGCUUCCAUGCUUUUUUUUGUGCAUUGUUUACAUCGCAUUUUCCUUCGCAACAUGGCAAGAAGAAUGAACACAAAUGACCUUAUAUCACCUUGGCAAACUGAGUGGAAUAAAAAUGAAUCCAUAUUUGCACUGCAUAAUAAUACAAAAGCACAUAAUACAAAGUCCAAAGUAAAGAAGAAAAACUACUCUGGUGCAAACAUGCCAACAGACUCGAAUGGUGAUGCAUUUCAACAUUAUAUUGAUACUUGCCAAUAUAUGGAAGAAUAUCGACAGCGUAAAUUACAACACGUGGACUUAAAUAAAAAUGUUACUGUUGAUACUGGUGGUGAAGUGGCUGCAAUAUGUAACAAAAUUUUUAUUGAUUUAAAAUAUAGAGAGGAAACCCCUACUGUUCGUUUUGAAGGAUCAAUUGGCAAUGAUAUGCUAUCUGGUUAUCGAUUAGGAGUUCAAAAAGAAAGUAAAUUAUCUUCGAAGUAUGUACAAAAAGAAAGAAGAAAUGGAGUGAAGCGUCAGUCUUGCAGAGUAAUACAAAAAAUCGCGUCAAAAGAAAAAGCCGUUCUAAGUUUACCGAAAUGUGACAGUGUGUGUAUGCCGAAUAAUAGCGCUAAGUCUUUAACUUCAGAAAACAUACUCUCAUGUUUCAAACUUAGCAAAUUAUUGUUAGAACCUGGAUUAAAUGCUCCUCGAAACGUUAAGAAGUCGCCAAACUUGAAACCAGAUACAUUAUCAAAGACUAGUAAAUUACGUUCUUCUGAAGAAACAAAACUAUCAACGAAAAUAACGAAUGGGGAACAGUAUGACGAUUAUAGUGAGCUCGUCAAGAGAAUGUUGGAACGCAACGAGCAAAGGAAUGAAGACAAAACACAAUCUGAGAAGACAAACAAAACCAAUUUAUCUCCUUUUUAUUUAAUGGCGACUACAUAGGAUAAAUUAAAGUUGCAUUUCACCUCUGAUUGGUUCCCUUUAUUUUGUUGCAGUUCUUUAUCUUGAUUCAAUUUUUUUCACCUUUUUUAUAAGUCAGGGAAUAUCAAAAGUAGGUCAAAAUACCAGGGAUAAAUCGGGGAAUUCGGGAACCUUGAUUGUCCGAGUGCAAAUGUAAUUAUGACAUGAAAAUGUUUUUUGUUUUAAGCAAUUUAUGUGGAGAAGUGAAGAAAUUAUUGUUUUAGUUAUGAAAAUCUGAAGGGGUUUACAUUUUUUUCAUAUUUAUAUAUAUGUGCGUAUAAAAAACCUUUUCUCGACUAAUAUUUGUAAAUUUUGGUCGACUUGUGAUGCAUUUUUGCUAUUAAAAAUUAUUUUUGUCAAUUUCAUAGAUUAUCUGAUUGAAAAUUAUUUAUGGUAUAUUGUAUUGUAAUAAAGUAUAUAUAUAUUUUUAAAAUAUAGAUUGGAUGCCACAGUUAUCGAAAUUAGUGUCAUCUUUACCAUGUUUCCGCAAACUGUAUAAUUAUAGUUCUUUUUCGUUAUCUUUUUCUGCUAAAAAAUAUACUUUACAUUCUCAGGA